GUCGCCGAGUUGCGAGUUGUCAAAGGUCUUCCUUCGUUGUUCGUCUGAUAUUGUUUAACGAGAAAAUUCGUGAGAGAAAAAGAACAGAAAGUGGGGAAAUUCCUGGUCGCUGUUAUACCAUGGAGCAUAAGGAGAAUGGAAGUGAAGGAGAUCACGAGCCUGAGAAAUCAAAAACGAAAACUUCUGAGAAUUUCCCAAGCGAACAUAACGGCGAAACUGACGAUAUGGAGGAAACUAAAAAUGGAAAUCAAGUACAAGAAGAUAAAAAAGAGCCAGCAUCAGCUGAAAAUAAAACGGAAGUUACUAUGGAACAACUGGAUGAUAGAACGGAAGUGAAAUCAGACGAUUCCAAGAACGAAAGAGGCGAUAGUAAAACACUUGAUCAAAAAACGAUUGAAGAUUCAGAGAAGGCAAAAUCCGUAAGCCUUCCUGGUAAUCUUGUGAAGCAUUCGCCUCCAGUUUCAGAAACGGGAAAUGAUGAACAAGAACAACAAGGCCAAGCUUUAGAAGCAAUAAGGACACCAACCACAACAAUUAAGACCACAAAUAAGCAAAACAAAUACACAUUAGAACAUGCACGUACCAUUGAUAACAAUACACUAACUGAUCAAGAAUUAAACAAAGAUAAUAUACCUGACUAUAUCUUUAAAACUUUAAUGAUAGUUAAUUACCACGUGCGUGAAUUUGAAAUAAAUUCAAAUAAAAAGGAAGGUGAAGAAACCGUGGAAGUGAAUCCAAUGGAUGCGAUACUCGGUAUAUUUCAUCGCUCCGAUGAUUCAUUACGACGUUAUCUUGCUAGUAAAUUAUCAGACUGUCAACUUAGUGUUCCAUUUCUUCUGCCAGACCCUGCAGCACCUUCUGAAAACGUCACAAUUUUGCUCUCAGCUUUAGAGAACAUCACAAAGUGUUGGAAAGAUUCCUCCAGAACAAAACAAGUAUUUGCCACGGAACAUCCAUUUCCGGUUGUUUCUUUCAUUCGCAUUGGCAAAACUAAAAUGUCGAAAUCAUCCUUGAUUAAUAAAAUUAUGAGUGACGGAGACAUUACUCAUGACUUCUUCUUCCACAAAGACAUGAAAGGUGGUCACGUUGAAAGGAAAGUUGUCGAUGGAUUGGUUGAAGUGAGUUGGUAUCUGCCUGGAGAGAGUGAAGGAACGACGUUAAAAAAAGAAAUUUGUUUUGCAAAUCUUCGAGGAGACGCCAGAAAUCUCAAGAAGCAGCUUGAUCUUAUCUCUACGAUUUCAUCCGUAUUAUUUAUAUUAUUGCCCUCGAAAUUUCGAAGCAAAGGCGACGCCAUACCAAAAAAAAUUUUGGAAGAAGCAAAGCGUGCCAGAGGCAAAACCAUCCUCGUCUUUAAGAAACAAAUAGAAAGUGAUGCAAAAAAAUAUUUCAAAGAUUCAGAGUUUCCUUUGAUAAUUCAAGCAGAAGAGAAAAACGAAAGUCAUCUUCUUCUGAAAUUACGAGAAAGCAUUGAGAUAAAUAUCAAUGAAGUGAAAGCCUCACCUCUUGUGGCACUAGCAUCUCAUCAGGGUGAAGAUGGUGUUCAACUUGACGUUCCACAGCCAUUAGAUUCCGAAAUUGAGGAGAACUUUGGCAGCUGGCUAAACAGAGAAAAUAGAAAUGCCAAAAAUCUUCUAAAAUUACAAACGCACGUCCCAGCAUUGGCAGAUUUGGAACGCGAGAAACAUUCUCCAAAAUGUCUCAGUGGCAAAGCUGAACCCGACGGCAUUACGAAAGUUGCAGAGAAGAUUUCCGAAGAUAUUGCAAAAGUAAAAAUCGCUCAAAGAGGCACCUUAGACAAAUUGGACAAAAGAAUCCUUGAUUGUCUAAAAUACAUUGGCACAGUGGACGAAAAUAAACGAGAUUACACCUUGAAUAAAUUGAAAAUAUGUUUGAAUAAAAUGUCUCUGGAAACAAUGCCAAAAUUGCACGAAGCCUAUCUCCAGGCUAGGCUGAGGCUUCUGAAGAGAAAGGAAACGUCUCAGGAGUCCGAAACACAAUCGCCUGAAGAGAAAAAAUUGAAAGAGUUGGAAGAAGCAAUCUCAGAACACUCAUUUGGUUUAGAACACAUCAUCAGAGAACUUGCUCAGCUUUACGAGAUUGAAGAAAGCAAAUACGAUUAUGCAGGUGCUGCUGCAGACAUGUUGCUUUCAGGACAACCUCUUGAAAUACUGGAUGGUGAUUCAUUUUAUAUCCCACUCCGAUGGUUUAAAGCUGUGUUUAAUGAAUUAGACCAGAAAGCAAACAACGCGAAAAUAUUUGUAAUUUCCGUAAUAGGAAUUCAAAGUUCGGGUAAGUCAACAAUGUUAAACACAAUGUUUGGUUUAGAGUUUCAAGUCAGCGCAGGAAGAUGUACUCGUGGCGCUUUUGCUAAUCUUAUUCCCGUUAGUAAUUCUCUUAAAACAGCUUCAAAGUUUGAUUAUGUUUUGAUUAUUGAUACCGAAGGUCUUAGUGGUUCCGCAGAUUCCAGGUUAAGAAAACAUGACAACCAGUUAGCGACAUUUGCAAUUGGUGUUGCGGAUGUAACCAUAGUGAAUAUCUUGGGUGAAAACGAAAAUGAGAUGAAAGAAUUUUUAGAAAUAGCUAUCCAUGCCUUCUUGAAGAUGAAUAUUGUUGAAAAAAAGAAAAAGUAUUGCAAAAUUGUCCACCAAAAUGUCGUAGCGACGGAUGCAAAAGACAAAUUAACCUUCAAACGAUUCAACCUCAAAAAAGAUCUCGACCAAAUGACAAAGCUUGCUGCUUGGCAGGAGAAUUGUGAACAAGAAUAUCGUACAUUCGAUGAUAUCAUUUCCUUUGAUGAAGAGAAAGACGUGUUUUAUAUACCAAGUCUUCUGAAAGGAAGUCCACCAAUGGCCCCAGUCAACCCAGAAUAUGGAAGAUCUGUUCAAAAAGUGAAAGAAACCAUCAUUGACUUGAUGUAUUCAGAAGAAAGUGUGAAAAACUCUUUUUCCCAGUUUCGAGAAAGAGUCUGCGACCUCUGGAAGGCCAUGCUUAAAGAAAAUUUCAUAUUUUGUUUCCGUAAUAUAAUUGAAGUCAGGGCAUUUACGGCAUUAGACAGAAAAUAUUUCAGUGAGUCAGUAAAUUUGAUUACAAUAGGAAUGAACGAGUUUCAAACGAAGGUUGAAGUGGCUCUAAAAAGGUGCUCAACAAAGACACAACGAGAAGAGGAAUGGAAAAAGAAAGAAAGGGAAAUACGUGAAGAAGGGCAACGACUUGCAGAAAAAAUGAAGGAGGCAAUGAAUGAAUUUUUCAAAACCAACCAGGACAAGGAAACUCUGGAACAGUGGAAAGAAUACGUGAUGAAUAGAAUUGAAGUUGAGAAAGAAACUCAAAUGGGACAGAUUCACAGCGACUGCUUAUCAACUUUCGAGUAUUUACAGAGUCUACAGGACGUUGAAGCAAAGAAACAAGAUUGCGAAGCAAUGCUUCUGGAAAAGGCAAAAAACUUUAUAACAUCAACCGGUGAUAUUGAUGAUAAAAAGAAAUUUAAGAUGGCUUUUGAAAAAGAAUGGCGGCAAUGGAUUGAAUGCGUUUCCGAAUGUCAAGUAAGUAAAGCAAACGUCAACGACGAAAUGGUGUAUGUUCUUCGUUACAAAGACCCAAGUUUGGAGGCAGAAAUGGGAAAGAAAUUAGAAGAAAAAAACAAUAAAAUAUUAAACUUUCGAAAAGAUGCUCCAGAUGUUGAAAGUAUCACUAAAUAUUCUCCCGCACGUUUGAUUCAUUAA